UUGCUCUGCUCGUCGUUGGUCAUAUGUGAACUUCGAAGAGUCCGCUUGUACGAAUGGCGGAGUCCCCAAUGAUUCCCGUGCUGUCGUUCUUUACACCUGGUUUUAUCUUCGACUCCGACGUCCGAGCAUGCCCUCAAAAUCGCCAGAGUCUCUCGGUUUUUCGUCCUCUUCAUUCUCAUCUUCAGCAUGAGGCCUUCCAGAGCAGUUGCGCAAGGCCGCCAGGAACCAUACGUUCGGACCCGAGAGAACCCAUAUUUCAAUGGUCUGUUAAAAGGAGAUGAUCUGGCUACCUUUGACUCUCAAGGGAGUAUCAGCAGCCAAAACAUUUCUCGGUCCCCAUCAGAUAUUGGUGACUUCAGACAUGGACUCAUUUCAAAUAUGUCUGGAAAGGUCAUGGACUCACCAUACGAAGAUUCAAUCUCAGAUAUUAUUCUUGGACCCCUUGACUUUGACUUUCAAGGAAGUUCUGACAGCCAGAGCUUUUCUCAGCCCAUAUCCGAUAUUGGUGACACAAGAAACAAAAGGAAUGUUUCAAAAAUAUCUGAGAAGGCCAUGGAUUCACCUCUAGAAAAUUCAGUCUCAGGUAUUAUUCUCGAAAAGUUUGAUCAGCCUUCAUCUGAGAGGUGGUCAAGGUCAAAUAAUUUCAAAACAACUUCAUUUGUACCCCCAAGUGUUCAACCAGAGUUAACCUUUGACCUGGCUGUACAAAAUGAUUCAAUGCUUGAUGCUAGUCCUACAACCUUUGAAGGAAACGAUGAGUACCAUGCUUUAAAUUAUCUGGGAAGGCCAGUAUUUGAAAAAUCAUACUGCAUGGAAAAAAGGAAGCCAGACCUCUCAAGGAUUCCGCUUCCUCCGUCUGCUGCUACGUUUUAUAAUGGGUCCUCACCAGAAAUGGAAAUUGUUGAAUCAUGUGAAAGUGUCAAUUUGUUAAAUAUAUAUUUGAAAGCCAGAAGGGAUGAUGUCAAUGCUGGUGUGCCAGGAAAAUUCUUACAUGCAGUAAUGGGGCAAGAUCUAUCUGAUGUUGGACUAAUUGCUUCAACAGUCAUGUAUGCCUUCUACUUGAAUGAAACAUGCAAGAGCGACCAGUUGUGCACUGUGCCUGUCAUCAACAUGAAGAGGGCAGACCUGGGUUCUCAUGCUGAAAUUAAAUGGUUGAUUGAAUCAUGCCAAAUUGAUCAGUCAUCCUUAUUUUUUAUAGAUGAGAUUGACCUGUCAUAUUAUCACCUUUUUGGGAGUCUUAAGCUAGUUCUAGUAAACAGCCACACGCUUUCAAUUAAACAAGAGGCAUUAAAGGAGGCGGUAGUUGAAACCUUCAGUUGCAGAAAGGGUGAAUCUACAUAUCCUUGGGUUGAGGCUGUUACUGUUGGACAGGAUUGCUCAUGCUGUACACUUAUAUCUGAGAAGUUUGCACUGACUUCACCUGAGAUUUUGACCGGACAAGGAUUCAGUAGACUUUUGCUAGCUGGCAUCCUCACAGAUACUGGAAAUCUUACCCACCCUCACUGUACCUCAAAAGACAAGUACAUGGUUACACUAUUACUCCAUGGUGCUGGUCACUUUGGAUGCAAAGGCCUCUACUACAUAUUGAAAUACAAAAUGUAUGAUGUGUCUGAUCUCAAAAUAGUCAACAUCUUGCGCAAGGAUUUCAAAAAGUGGAAAAGAGUAGGAAAGCCAGAAGCUGCUGGGUCAAGACUGAUGGCGUCACACAUCGGGAUGAGUUCUAUUGCAAUUUCAAUUGCCGAACUUCUUACUCGUGAAGAUUACUCAUUUCAAGAAAUCAGAAGUUUCCAGCAGUUGGAGAAACUUCGGCUACUCACGAUUGUUUCUGGGUAUUAUGAUUCACAGAAGAAAUUCAAGAGAGAGAUCCUGGUGUCUGCUGAAUCUAUGGAGAUUAUGAGGAACCUAAUUCUUUUCUUCGACUCAAAUGCCUCCCAACUGCCACUCAAAGUUCUCCAUCAACCAGGUCUUAGAGAUGAGAUGCAAGCAUUUGAGAUUAACAAGGUUACAUCAAGGAAGACCAUUGAGCGCCUUUUAGAGCAAUUUGUUGGGAUUACAAAAGGCUAGCGUGGCUUGUGGACCAAGGAAAAGUUUGAGCUUAAAGAUAUUUCUUCAUUUAAUUUUUUCAAGUCGUAACAGAUAGAUAAGUGCAGCUUGAAAGGAUUGGUUAUACAAAUAAGAGAAAUUCUAUUUGUAACCGGCUAGGGGAACUGCGGGGAAACCGCGUCCCACGUGGCCAAAUAGAAACGACGACGUUUCUUCUAUUCUUCGUCUUCCCCUUCUUCCCCUUUUUUC